CAUCCCUACCGGUGACGAGCAACUUAUUCUAGAGAUAUCAAAGCCCUAAUCCCUAAAAACACAAAAAGAAGUUCAGUCUCGAGAAAAUGCCUAGACGCCAACUUCCUAAAAAGGGACAGCAACCGAUCAAUGUGGUCGCAAUUGACAGUAGUGACGACGAGGAAGAAGGCGUAACGGUCGUUCCGACCAGUAAAAAAUCUUCAUCGUCGAACACAAAACCAAUAUCACAGCCACAACCGAACCCGAACCCGACCCCUGAAGCAAUCGGGCUAACACCGGCGACGCCAAACGUUCCAAGUCUCGACUGCCGCAGUUUCUGGAAAGCUGGGGCAUAUGUUGUGGGGCCCACAGCCAGAGCCACUCCUCCUCCAGGUGAAUUAGAGCAUGCACGAGUUCAUCCGAAGUUUCUUCAUUCAAAUGCAACUUCGCAUAAAUGGGCUUUUGGAGCAAUUGCUGAGCUACUGGAUAAUGCCGUUGAUGAGAUUCAUAAUGGUGCAACCUUUGUGAAGGUUGAUAAAAUUGAUAUCAUGAAGGACAACUCUCCUGCUUUACUUUUCCAAGAUGAUGGUGGUGGAAUGGAUCCUGAUUCUAUCCGGAAAUGCAUGAGCUUGGGUUAUUCUUCAAAAAAAUCGAACAAAACAAUUGGACAAUAUGGUAAUGGAUUCAAGACAAGUACCAUGCGAUUAGGUGCUGAUGUUAUUGUUUUCAGUCGUACCUCUCGUGCAAGCAAGGCUACUCAGAGUGUUGGCCUUUUAUCCUAUACUUUUUUGCGGAAAACCGGGCAGGAUGAUGUUAUUGUUCCUAUGAUAGAUUUUGAUAUUUCUGGCCAUUGGGCAGAACCAAUAAUUUUUAGCUCACAGGAUGAUUGGUCUUCCAACUUGACAUCAAUCCUUGAAUGGUCUCCUUUCACAUCAAAGGACAAGAUCUUGGAACAGUUUGAGGAUAUUGGGCCACAUGGAACAAAAAUAAUAAUAUACAACUUAUGGCUGAAUGAUGAAGGCAUAUACGAAUUGAGUUUUGAUGAUGAUGAUGAGGAUAUACGGUUGAGGGAUGAAGCUAAUCGUGGAGGUCAAACAAAACUACACAAAAAAAUUGUUGAACUUCAAUCUCAUAUUUCUUAUCGCAUUCGCUAUUCAUUGAGGGCUUAUGCUUCAAUUUUAUACCUAAGAAAGUUCACAAACUUCAGCAUUCUGUUAAGGGGGAAGCCUGUACAACAGUUUAAUAUUGCAGAUGACUUGAAACACAUGAAAAUGGUGACAUACAGGCCUCAGCUGGGAAUAAUGGCAUCAAAAGAGGUCGCUGCCGUGGAAACAACCAUAGGUUUCAUCAAAGAGGCACCUGCUCUUGGAGUUUGUGGAUUCAAUGUAUACCAUAAAAAUCGCCUGAUCAGGCCCUUCUGGAAAGUCACUGCUGAAGGUUCUUCUAAAGGGAAUGGGGCUGUUGGAGUUCUUGAAGCAAAUUUUAUAGAACCAGCACAUGAUAAGCAAGAUUUUGAGAGGUCGUCAGUUUUUAUUCGACUGGAAGCUAAGCUGAAGCAAAUACUGAUGGACUACUGGAACCAUCACUGCCAUUUAGUUGGAUAUCAACCUCCUGGUUUGAGGGCGCAUAAUGCUCUGAAGAAACAUAGUGCUAAAUCACAGAUGCAGUUGCCUGAAGAAGAAAUGCAUCUAGAUCAACCUGUUAAUGAUCCUUCGGCCAAUUUACCACAUAUGAGCAAUGGACAACUUGGAAAUGGUGGUCAAUCAAAUUUGCCUGUGGAAAUUCCAAUUACAGGUUUUGCAGAUGGAUUAUAUAAUGAAGUUAUAUCUGAAGAUGGUCGAGGUUCAAUAUCUGUUGAACUGAUUUGUGAAGAGAAUAUACAACUUUUUAUGAGGUGUGAGGAAUACAGGCAAAAGGAGACCGAGUUAAAACAAGUGGUAACCGAAUUAGAGAGAGAGUUGGAGCAGGCCAAGAGGAAGCGUGCUCAGCUUGCUGCGCACCUGGAGACUAAAAAGAAACAGAAGACAAUGAAACAGCAAACUGAGGAAGUUUCAUUGUGCUAGUUUUUAAGCCUUCAGCAAGCAUCGAACAAUGCCAAACUGAUGUUCUUUCAAGAACACCAACUAAAAGAACCAAGUUCAAAGUGGCUAAUUUUUUUUCCAAAAAGAAAAUGAAGGAAAAAAUCAUAAAAAUCAUUGUCGUAUUUUAUUAGGAAAUUCUUCUGUUGACCUGUUUUGGAAAUGGGUCAAGAUCAGUUGUGUUGCCCACUUUUCUAGGUUGCCUUAGAGAUAUGAUGGUGGUUUUGGCCACUCCAAUCCAAUGUAUAGAUAUAAUGGUGGUUUUGGCCACCCCAAUCCAAUGUAUAGAAACAUUAAAAUAUUCGGUAUAUAUGUGAAUGAUGACAUCUUCUAUCA